AUGUGGUUUAUUUUCCCGUUUCAGGGUUGGAUUAUCGUUAUUACAUGUUCGAUCUAUACUUCUUUGUCGUAUUUAGUAGUAGAAAUCAUUUCUUUAUAUCACCCUGGAAAAAUCUGUCAGUUUCUUCAUUCAUCCGAAUCACAAAUUACUUACAAUUUAAUCGCGACAGCCACCGACUCUUCAUGCCGUCUGGCAAGUUGCUGCGGUCGAAGAAAAGGUACUCAAGCAGGAGAAUACUGCAGUAACCCAUUCUUUGCAUACACACGGAAAAUUGUACCAUCUAUGAAAUUGGUUGCAAACAGAAUUUUAUUUGAUGGAUGCGUUUUGUUACCAACUUGGCUUGACCAGAAAAACUGGAUUAUCGGAAAAAAAAUGACGGAAAUUGUUGAAUAUGUCGCAGCGAAUGAGAGGAUCGAUGAAAGUAUGUUGAGAAUGUGUUACGUGCCCAGUGAAGAAUUCGACGAGUUUUCUACUUUACCCUUUGUUGCUUCAUAA